GUUUUUGGGCUCUGCGGGGAAGCAGCUGAAAGUAACAGUCAGCCUGGUUUAUCGGAAUCGUUUUUGAUUUCCUGCCUUUGGCCUGUUUUCUGUUUUCUGCUUUCCUGCUUUCCGUAUUCCGUACUCGACAGUCCGUAGUCCAUUUUCCGUGCUCUGCUUCUUGCCACUUCCAUUCGCUUUUGGGGGUUUUCCUGUUCGCUUAGUUUCGGUUUCGGUUUCAAUUUCAGUCAGUCAGCUGCUGCUUUUCACGUGGCACGUGUCGUAUGAGUAAUAUUUUUUCGGCUUCCCUUGCUACUUUAUCCCUUGCAGUAGCCUCUCCACUCAGAAAAUAACAAUAAUUAAAGACUGUUUAAUUGAUAUAUCAACUGACACACAAAUUAAUAAAGUGCUUAGAUCAAUCGCAAUUGCAAAGUGUUCAAAAUUCUUAAGCCUAAUACCAAAAUACCCACAUAAUCGCAAAGGACAUUGUUAAAUUGGCCCCAAAAUCGAUUCACCGAAAUCGCAUUCUAAAUGUUCGACUGGAUUGAAUUUAACAAAGAAGCGUAGACGAAAUACGAAUGCAAAUUAGAUGCAAAAUAAAUGGGUAAAAUGAGGUCAAGUAAAUACGAUGUUACCACAGCUUACGGUCUAUGCCAAGAUUAUUUACCUCCUGAUGGUGGUGAUUUCAGGUGCAUUAUGUACAGUAGAAGAUUACGUAAUAAUGUCACAGUGUGCACACAACAAAGCCAUACACCUAGCUGCGGAAGGAACAGUCUCAGUGACAGACACUUCACAGAUACAAAAUAUAACGAUAGUCGGCUUCCCGGAUUAUCUGAACAACGAAUUCAAAAUAGCACUGUUCGCAAAAGAAACUCAAAGAUAUUUGUGUUUCAACGACAACUGGAGAUUAGUUGGCAUGAGGGAACUGCGAGAUACCUGCUAUUUCAACGAGACCAUCGUGCACGGUUAUUUCGUGUUCCGUUCCGUUGUCGAUCUGCAGCGACGUGUCGGGUUCACGCACCGAGGUAAGCCUGUGGGGCCCAAGAAGAGCGUCAACGAUGCCUGCUACAUGUUCAACAAGAUCGAGGCCGAGCAGUUUUUCCGCCAUCACCAUGGCAAUGGCAAUGGGAAUGGCAACGGCAAUGAAAGCAGUGGCAGCAGCAACAGUCGGAAGCCCCCGCGCAACAACAAAAACAAUCGCCACAAAUCGAAUAACCAAAAUCAAAAGUUGCAACAGCAACAGGAGCAUCAUGGCCAUAAUAAUAGUAACGUUAUUCUUAAUAAUAGUAGUACUAGUUUAAGUAGCACUAACAAAAAGCAAUUAGCGAUAAACCGGCAGAAGCAGCAAAAGCAGCAGCAACAGCAGCAACAUCAGGUGCGACAUCAUCACAAUGAUCCAUCGCUGCUGCUGCGACGACAGCAACACGAGAAGAAGCAGAAGCGGCGCAAGCAACAGAAGCAACAGCAACACCAACAACGAGUAUCAGCUAGUCCAACGAAUCAACAAAUGCCUGCAACAGCAACACCAACACCAAUAGCAACAGCAACAUCCCCGGCAACAGCAACACAAUCGACAACAGCAACAUUGAGCAGCAAGCGCAAGGGGCGGCGAAGAAAGGGCAAGGGCAGGCCAAAGGCACAGCAACUACUUGCCACGGCAGCAACAUCGCCGUACACCGACGACACCCUCGAUAGCUACAACAGCAGCGGCAGCAGCAGCAGCAGCUUGGAGCCCUGGUCCACUUGGUCCACGAUCGACAGCUUUAGCGGCAGCAGCACAACAGCAACAUCUGACGACAGUAUUAGCAGCAGCAGCAACUACGACGCCUGGGCCACCUACAUCACCGAAAUGGAGGCCGAGGCAUCGGGACUGGGCGCCAACGACACCGAGUUGCUGCCCGAGUUGGUGGACGAUCCGGAGACGGAAUCCACGGCGACAAUUGAAACCAAAGCAACAUCAGCAAUAGCGGCAACGGCGGCCACAACUACCUCGACGGCGGGCACGCAGCUGGUGAUAGAGCAGACGCCGCUGGCCAGGAGCAACAUCAGCCACAGAAGCAACAGCAACAUCAGCAGCAGCAGCACACGGGCAACACCAACGGCCACAAGUCAGACUGAAAUUGAAAUCUCUGCACAGAGCACGCAACACAGCAGGGAAAAUCCAGCGGAAAACCUGGACAAUUCCCAGAUAUUACUGGCGGGCGAGAACGAAGUGAAGCCACAGCAGCAGCCACGCAAGUUGCUCUGGACCCUGCAACCGCCAAUCGCCACACGUGGCAGCACGCGAGCAACUUCGGUGACAAAACCCAUGCACCAGCAACUCUCCAGCACGGCAGCAACAGCGGCCACGACCCCGCAGCAACAUGUUGCUCCCUCACUGUUUAGCGUGGACAAGAACAUCAACAGUAACCUGAACAACACUCUGACGGAGGCCUCGCCAACGGCAGCAGCAACAUCCAGCAUUACGGCAGCAACAACCAUGAAGAGACCCGUCCGGAAGUUCACCAGGAAGCUGAUGGCCACGCCCUAUCACCAGCUGACCUACGUGCGCAACGCGGGCGGGGACAUCGACAUCGACAACCUGGACAACAUCAGCGUGUAUCCCGUGCUCUACAACGGCGAUCUGGAGGGGAAUGGCAGCGGCAACAGCUCCGACGGCGGCUUCAGCGGAUUUCUGCCCACCUCGACCACCUCCCAUCUGACGGAACCGAUUCGCAUCGGCAUGAACAGGAUCCGGCCGAACAAGACGCUGCACUGGUUCACUCACCAGAGAUUUGCGUAGUAGUUAGGGAGUGGCAGCUUUGGCUAUUAGAUCUUUGAGGGCAGGUCUGAAACGGCUUUAACUUUCCCAGAUAAAUUUCAAAUAUGUAAAAUCACAAUUCCAAUUAAUUGCCAGUUAAAAGUAAUACAAUUUGAAAAUGGAAUUUUCUUGCCUUUUCCUCAUCAGCUAGUAGUAAUUUCAAAACUUGAUCAUUUCUGUGAAAGUGAAAGCCAGAACAGACCUGCCUAAGAGAUAAAUACCUACUCAGUACUCAGUUUUCAAAAGAAUUUAGGCAAAACCAAGUGAAGAACAAAAAUGUACGGAUAAAUAUUUCAAAUUUAUAAUGAACUGAUACAUAUAUAUAAACAUAUAUAGAACUCGAUAUACAAAGGAGUUGCUUACUGUUCAGUACCUCGACUCAGACAGGACUUUUGCACUAGCACCACGCCUAAAAGCACACAACAGAAGCGGAACCGAAACCGAAACCGGAAGCGGAAACGGGAGCAGAACCGAUAACGAUAACUCAGGCCGCACUUCAUCCAGUAGCGAGUACAGUGAAGACUCCACCAACUGCACUCGAGAGGCCGCAGGCAACGAACUCGCAGAACUGCUACAUAGUUAUAAAUGAAAAGACAAUAAGAUUUUUAUUUACGAGUAUGUGCUAUAUAAACUAACAAAAAAAAAACGAUGGAAUGAACCGAAGCGAUAGCGAUAAUCGAUAACAAAUGCUAAAAUUGUUGAAAUGAAAAUUAUGAAAGCGCGACAUUCAGGUGCAAGCAAAUAAACGUUUCGAAUGCACUGAGAAAGCGUAGCAAACUUUUGAUUUACUAAAUCAAUUAAAUAUAUUAGCAAUGAGAAUUAAUAAAUACAAAUGCAAACAAAAAUCGAUAUAUAUUAUAUACAUAUAUGCAUAUAUUUUCAAAAUUUUAUAACGAACCAAAAACCAAUUAGCAAACAAAUUUAAAAAGAUGAACGGGAAACGAAUGAAGACGUUUUUUAAAUUCAUACGCAAGCAGAACUAAGAGUCGGUAACGAUAACGAUAACAAAUUCGCACAGCAAAACACUUCCAAAAAAGAAAGGUUAAAACUAAAUAUUAAACAAUUUUACUAGGCACAAGCGUACGAAAUUGGGCUAGAUGAACAAAAAGAGAACUUCAUUCAAAAUAAACCGAAUUUUUUAAGCAAAUACAAAGAGUUGUUGAAAUGGUCAGCAUGCAAAUUGAUUUUAGGACGCAGUUUGUGGGGCGACAUCCAGUUCAAGGAGGGAUAGAAACAAAUUUUGAGCAUUGGAAAAUUUUAAAAAACUACUAACGAUAUGUACUGCAACCAAACACCAAAUUCACACAGAAUAAGCAACGUUAUAUUUAUUAAUUGAACAAAAACUAAGAAACUAAAACUACAAAUAAAAUCAAAAUACAGCAAAAUGAAACCAACUGCUGCUUUUCUACAUACAAAUAUAUAUAUAUAAACACAUAUAGGCAUAUGUGUACGAACAUGGAAAAAGAUAUGCAAAAAUUGUUUCUCAUAUAUUUAUAUUAAUAUUUAAAAUAAAUAGUUCAAACAUAUUAGCAAACCAAAUAUGCGAAAUUAAAACAAUUUGAAGGGAAAUGCGUAAACACAAAGCAGAAAGGCAGAAAACUGAAGCGUCAAGUUUAUAUGUAGAGAUAUGUAUGAAUGUAAAUUUAAAGUGAACAAAGAAAACCCAAACAAAAAGAAGUUAAAGCAAGAUGCUUAGGUGAAAAUUUAAUUAGUGUGUACUUAAGACAAGAAACCAUUUAACAAUUGAACGAUUAAUUAUUAACUUAACUAGGCAUUGAAGCAGCACUCAACUAAAUAAAACCUAAAAACCUAAAACCGAUACGAAACCGAAACGAAGCCGAAAACACACAACACACAACUCGAAUUGAACUACUGUACUUAUACGUAUGCGCGUUGCUGUAAUAUAAACAAAAUUCUUAUGUUGAAUCGACGGCGAACGGGCGAACUCCAUUAUUUGAUGACUAUAUCUACCACAGCAGAAACUAUUUAUUUAAACCUAUAUCGAAUCGAAUCGAGUUGGAUCGAGUCGAUUGGAUUGGAGUGGAGCGGGGACCGAUUGUCAUUUGUCAUUUGUAAAUUCAUUUGCACUUUUCUUUCUACUAAUUACGUUUAAUUAAUUAAUUAAUCAUACGCCUAAGUUAACACUUCUACCAUUGUACAUUGUAAUAUGUUUUAUUCCUAAGCCGAGCAUUAAAUGUAAUUAUUUAUGUAUAAAAGCAAAAUGAUUCUUUCGCCCAUGUAUAACACUUGCGCCCUCUUCUCAUCCUUUCUCCAAGUCUGUCUCCCCUCCCUAUCUCUAUUAAUCUCUAUCUUAUAUAUACGAAUAUAUAAACGACUAUUUAAUUGCAUUUCUUUGUAUUAAAACGAGUAACAACACACUAGAAAUUGAAUAAAAAGCCUCAACAAAAUCUUCAACACUUUUCAUUUCUCUUAUGAGUUUUCUUCAUUUCCAACUCUUCAAAUAAAUGCUCAGUUGUUUCCGUUUUGUUGGUUUACGAAUGUGUGCAGAAAAAUCGUAUAAAUAAAAAAUAUAUAUAAAUUCAAAA